AUGCUCGGCAGUAAAGUUGCUGGGUUGUGCUGCCGAGUUGCAGGUGCAUCCCAGUCGUUGCUUGCUCAACGUAGCUCGCACACGAUUUGGUAUCCAGAUGCAAAAUUUGAAAGGCAGUUCAAGAAUUCAUACAUUGGGAGAAUGUGGACCAGCGAUCACUAUGAGGAAUACGACAAAGCUAUUGGAUUGGAUAAGGUGGAAAAAUUUGCAUAUAAUUCACCUUUAUAUGCGGAUGACUUUGACGGCAAGCGUCGUGAGAAGGAACUCGAGAACAUGAUAUUGAAUUUUCGGUCCCCAGCAUCCAGCAGCUCACGGAGUGCUUCGUCUUGUGUUAAAAUUGGAAGGAGAAGUGAGUUGUCAAUUCGUUUUCACAUGUAUGGAGAAAUGGAGAGCCGUGAGAAGGAACUCGAGAACAUGAUAUUGAAUUUUGGUCCUCAGCAUCCAGCAGCUCACGGAGUGCUUCGUCUUGUGUUAAAAUUGGAAGGAGAAGUUAUCAUAAAAGCGAUUCCUCAUAUUGGGUUGCUUCAUCGGGCCACUGAGAAGCUCAUUGAGCACAAAACCUACACGCAGGCACUACCAUAUUUCGAUCGGCUUGAUUACGUGUCCAUGAUGUGUAAUGAACAAGCAUUCUCUCUUGCUGUCGAAAAGCUACUGGGUAUAGAUAUUCCACCGCGAGCAAAGUACAUUCGAACACUGAUGGCUGAGCUCACGAGAAUCCAGAACCACGUGAUGGGAAUUACUACGCAUGCUCUCGACAUCGCACUGAUGGCUGAGCUCACGAGAAUCCAGAACCACGUGAUGGGAAUUACUACGCAUGCUCUCGACAUCGGUGCGAUGACCCCUUUUUUCUGGAUGUUCGAAGAACGAGAGAAGAUGUUCGAGUUUUCUGAGCGGGUCUCUGGAGCUCGAAUGCAUGUAAAUUACAUCCGUCCUGGAGGUGUGGCAUGGGAUUUACCAAUCGGUCUUAUGGAUGACAUCUAUGAUUGGGCCGUAAAGUUCCCCGAGAGAAUAGAUGAAAUGGAAGACAUGUUGACGGAAAAUAGGAUUUGGAAAGCAAGAACUGUCGAUAUUGGAAUCGUAUCUGCCGCAGAUGCAUUGAACUGGGGUUUCACUGGAGUGAUGGUACGAGGGUCUGGUAUUAAACAGGAUGUUCGUAAAACGCAACCGUAUGAGGUGUAUGAUCAACUAGAGUUUGACGUACCUGUUGGCACGAAGGGUGAUUGUUAUGACAGGUAUUUGUGCCGAGUAGAAGAGAUGCGGCAGUCGCUUCACAUCAUUCAUCAGUGUUUGAACAAAAUGCCUACAGGCGAAACUAGAGUAGAUGAUCAUAAAAUAGUCCCACCAAGGCGAGCUGAAAUGAAGGACUCUAUGGAAUCUCUGAUUCACCAUUUCAAAUUCUUUACGGAAGGAUAUCAAGUUCCACCAGGAGCUACCUAUGUGCCUAUUGAGGCACCCAAAGGAGAAUUUGGAGUAUAUCUUGUUGCCGAUGGAACAAGCAAGCCGUACAGGUGUUACAUUCGUGCACCUGGAUUCGCUCAUUUGGCCGCUAUUCACGAUAUUUGUUACAUGGCACUGAUCGCUGACGUGGUAGCUGUGAUUGGUACAUUAGAUAUUGUGUUUGGUGAAGUGGAUCGAUAG